AUGUCAAACGUACUGCAGAAAGACCACCGACCCGAUGGUCAGAGUUCUUCACGAAAGCCGGGUGUAGUGCUGAACGAGUAUCUAGAGCGAGCGGAAUUCGCUGGCCUGUUGCUAGCGACAGGAAAAAAUGGAACAUUUACGGGAGCCGGUUCGAGUAACUCGACGAUCGAUGGGACUAUAAAUACAGACAAAGGAACGAAAAAAUUUCUUCUCUCAUUUCGAGUCGUCAUGCCAGUCGCACUCUCACCCACUCAUUACGAUAGGGACGUUUCAGUGGAAGAAGUCGAUCUUUGUGAGGUUUGUGAGCGGCCGAAUGUUUCUGGCACUAAAGGGAAGACCAUUUCCUUAUUUGCAAAUUGGUAUCGAUUGAAGUGCGGAUUGACCGGAAAACGGCACAAACCUCAAGGAGUGCAUGCUUUGGUGAAUCGACGUCAAAAUAUGGUACCAGUGCGUUUGUUGGAGUAUGUAACUCCUUUUUCGCAUAAUGGGAAACGCAAGAUACACCAGUAUCAAAUCACAAUCGAGAAGAUGAUCGCACGUAAAACUUGUGUUGUGAAAAACAGGCAUGGUUUUUUGAUAUUUAUCUUUAGAACUUCUUUCCUUCUACAUAGAGAGCAGGUGUGUGAGAUUUUCUGGCAAUGCGUAAGGCGCAAUGAAGAGUUUUUUGGGCCUUACUACGAGACCACUUUCGAUGACUACACAAGUGCGUUCUCUUUAAAUCUAUGGAAGCUUAAAAAUGGAAAGAAUCGAAAAUUCGACUGGAGAUUUCCAAGUUCAAACAAGAGAGUAACCCUGACGGUCAGCUACGUAUCUGACUUUGCAUUUAAUCUUAAUGCUGAGGAUGCUGCCCAGCGAAAUUUGUCCGCAAUAGUAGUCAAGUCCCUUACUUCUCAACGUGCGCGAUACUUUCCGGCAGAUGGUGAUAAAGACUGGGUGUUCGUAAAUCGUUGGGAAUCCUGCUCUGGCACCCUGUACUAUAUUCCUCGGGUUUCCACUGAUCCAAAGGUCUUCAUAGACGCCGGUGUACGUGCAUGGCUUGGCGUCUUUACCUCCGCGAAGGUUCUUCAAGAUCGGAGUCCAGCACUUUGUUUUGGAUUGGUAAACCGAUUGUUCUAUGAGUUGAAUAUGGGUCUUGUGGAAUUUUAUUGUGAAGUCCUAAACGAGGCUGGAUUAUAUCGACAUGGAGACAGCAGUUUUAAGAAUACUAUUAGAAAAAUGGCCAUGAACGAAACUCAGAGAAAUAAAAUGAACAAUCUCCUUCAGGGAGUUCGUUUGAAAACGAAUGAAGCGCUGUUGCCGGAUAGGUGGGUACUUAUGGUUGCAGAGCUGUCCAGAUGUUCUGGUAGCUGA